AGUUACGAAAAGGGAGUCAAACGUGACGGAUGUAGAACUUCGCGCGCCGUAAUCCGAACUACGCGAUUUUUCAGUUCGAUUAUUUUUUUUCGACAACACCGCCGACCUAUGUUUUGGCUCCCACAUACCGUGCGCGUUUCGCCCGCCCAUUGAACGACCAGUUGUGACCUAUGGCUGCGAAGCCUGUAACUCGUGUGUUUAAUAGAUCGAAAUAGUAGUCGUGUGACCGGUGACUGACUUGUAGAUCGAUAGGUGAUGAUGUUGAUGAUUAUUUUGACGACGCCCAGGUGAAGAAAGUGAUACACUACCGUCUUCAAUCAAAAAAUAAAAAGUGAUAUUGAAUGGAAAAACAGCAGUUUGUGAUUGAAAUUAGCAGUGAGUGGAUGACAGACCAUCCUGACGCGAGUGGCUGACGCAUCACACUGCCUAUGACAUGCUCUCAUCUCACAUUUCACUCAACUGACGCCAUCUUUACAUAAAAGGGCGGUGAUUGGAUAAUGUCAGUAAUGCUGGUUACAUCAGCCUACCACCAACAACAACAGCAUCACUACCAACACCAUCCCGAAUUGGAUCAACAACAUCUGAAGCAACAACAGUUAGUUCGCUCCAGCACCGCUAGUCUGCACUCCUACCAGGUCCAACCACCGUUAGUUCGCCAAAGCACCGACAGUCUGCGCUGCUAUCGGUCGCCAUUAGUUCGUGCCAGCACCACCAGUCUGCGCUCCUAUCGGAUCCAACCGCCACAGCCUUCUAUAUCGGUCAUCUCCCUUUCGCCACAGCCUCCCAGCAACCCCUCCCUGCCAACCGGCAAAGCUAUGCGAUACUACAGGCUGUGGAUUUACACGUGCAACGCUGUUCUGCUCAUGAGUGUGCUCGGAUUCUGCGUGGUUGCUGCCAAGGUGCUGGUAUUCGAACCGAAACGUCAACUAGUCCCCGGCAUGUCGUUGACUCAACCUAGUUUCGUCUACGCCUACCUGACUCUCUCUUUCCAAUCGGGACUACUCCAACUCAUAGGCUGUCUAGGGGCGCAGCGGCUGAAUGAGCGUCUUCUCAACGUCUAUUGGCUGCUAAUGUUACUUCUACUGGUGGGAGACGGCCUAGUAGGUCUACUGUGGGUCUACCGGUUCGAAUGGAUUGUGGCAGAGCUGCGGCCCUACCUGAAGGCCAGACUGGCAAAUCAGUACAACGUUGAUGGCGAGUUCACCCAACUGUGGGACAACGUGCAGCGGGAGAUGCACUGCUGUGGAGUGGAGGGGACACAUGACUUCCGAACUGAUAACAACACAGUCGAUCAUGAACAGCCGGGCUGGGAUAGUGUGCAAGGUUCUCAACCGCCUCCGACAACCACCCUGCCUGACAGCUGCUGCUUCGGCCAAGCCAGCCAAGCGGCCGCUUCGCCCGUCAUAGCAGCUGCAUUGCGGAACCUACGCAACUUCCAGACGACCUCGACCUCCACCACACCACAACCCUCCACGCCACCCCUACAAAUCACCACUGCUGCCACCAACGCACAUAUGAGACCCGGCAGUGGAGCACGCUGCGAGAGUGGCUCAAGCUUCCACACAGUAGGCUGUGAAGAGAGGCUAUUAGCCUGGCUGAGGCAUACGGCCGACAUCCUCUUCGUAUUGGGCUACUGUGUUAUCGCCUUCCUCAAGCUAUGCUUCCUCGGCAUCCUCAGGUACGAGAUCCGCGAAAUGAUCCAGAAGAUCAAGAUGCUGCAGGGAGAGCUGCGACCGGCGGAGGUCGACGACCCCUCGGCUGACACCAAACCCAGCCUCACAGUGCAGACAUCCUUCAACAAACACGAGCACAACAAUGGCCGAAUACUGCAGGCUGAUGGCGGACAUAUUGGUGGUGUGAGAAGAGGUGACCAAAGCUUGCAGACGACACCACUGCACCACGGAGGCAGGAGUCACCUGACCACACUUAUGUCCAACGAUGUCGACUCGGACACCAACAGCCAUUGUGCGCUAAUUAUUCCCGAAGACAUGCCUGCCAUUCCAGCAAAGCAGACUAUACCAUCAAACAACGACAACAACAACUACGAACUGCAAGAGUUUCUGCUGACGCGACACCGGACGCAGAUCUGACUACGCCGCCUGCUCCAGGUCUGGUUCAAGAAGCACGACGAAGACGAGAAGCCGUUCCCGUUCAGCGUGUCGUUCAGCAAGCGCCGCAGCCGGCGUCAGAGUGGGGCCGACGACAAGCAUGGCAGCAGCAAAAAGCGGCGCCAGUCUGACGGCGCUGGCAUCUCGGACACCGGAGCGGGCGCCAAUAACAACAACAACCCCAACAACAACACUAGCGGCAGUGACAACGAUGAGAACAACACUAACUCUGGUCGCAGUAAAGACAAAAACAAGAAUAAAUAGUGGUGGUGUGGGUAAUUAUGUUGAUAAUUGAACCAGAAACUGAUUAAUUUAGGCUAUGAGAUGAUUUAAUUAGUCACAAAGACAAGGAUAAACAGUGGUGGGGGUUGUGGACAGUUUAAUUCAAUCACAAACUGAUUUAUAUAGGCUACCCUCACUGUGAGAUAAAACGAUUUAGGCUAAGUAGUCGCAAAUACAAGAUAAAAAAUAAAUAUGACAGUGGUGGGGGCGACAAUUUUAAUCAAACCAGAAACUGAUUAAUCUAGGCUACACUCAUUGUAAUAAUAAUAAUAUCGAGUGACCUGACUGGCUCAGGUCUAGUGUCAGAGUUUUCAGGUCGCAACUGAUCAAUUUCAGGGCCUCUGACAUGACCUAACGACUGCUUUUUCAGGCAGCCGGGACCGACGGCUUAACGUGUCCAUCCGAAACACACUCAUUGUGAAACGGAACUAUUUGAGUAGUUGCUAAGACUAAAACAAGAAUAAAUUUAUGGAGGUAGGGGAAUAGGCUAAAUAUGGGGGUAGGUCAAUAACAAUGGUGGUGGGGAACAGCUGAAUUGAUCCAGAAACUGAUUGAUAUAGGCUACUAUCACAUCGAGACAAAACUAUUCAACUAAUCGCGGGGACAGAAACGUUUUGAGAACAAGGACAAAUAAUGUUGGUGACAAUUUUAAACUGAACAAAAAUCUAAUAAAUGUAAAUCCACUGCAAGAGAAAACAAGAAUGGAUAGUGGCGGUGACACGUUUAAUUGAACCAGAAUCUGAUAAUAUAAUUUACUUAUUAGGUCAGCGAAAACAAUACAAGGAUCGGAAAAUAAAAAACAGGCUAUUGCCCAAAGCUUCUUCAAUUUCCAAAUUUAGUUUCAAAUUGAAAUUUGACACAGAACAAUUGAAAACUAUCUAUGUUGCUGUGAAGAUUAUUGAUGUCUUAGAUAUUCAUAUUUGAUAGAAACGACUAGAAAAGUUGUCACAACAAUAGAACAAGUUAAAAAGGGACACAAAAAGAAAAUAAAGUAGUGGGAAUGAUGGUGAUAGACAAUUUUGAUUGAACCAUAAACUAAUUAAUAUAAACUCGCUGUGAGACUAAACAAUUAUUGAAGUUAACAGAGAUGAAUAGAAAAGGGAGUUUUGAUUGUUGAUAAUUGAUCCAUGAACUGAUAAAAUCUUAUCAUGAGACAAACCCAUUGACCUAUUCACAGGGACAAAACAUAAAUAAAAUUAAUUCUUUAUUGAUUUAUACAAUAAGUACAUCAUCGAAAUGAUAUGGAGAGGGAAAAUAAGGUAAACUAGAAAUAGGAAUGGGAUGGUAAUGGAGAUGUUUUCAUACUAUUAUAACUGGAUCAUUUUCAGCUCUGCAAAGUUGAGGGAAAAUUUAUUGGGCUAUGGAAUUAUGGACUAAUAAACUAUGAGACAUAAAUGAUCAUGAUAAUUUGGGUGAUUAAUUGUGGACUAAUUCUUGAAUAAGGGUGGAAAAUGAAGGUAGCCCAAUUUCAAUGUAGCCCAAUAAUUGAACCGUGAUACACUCAAACAAAUAUAUAUUUCUCAAAGUUAGAAGACAGUUGUCUACUAACGAUGUAUAUUUCUGACAAGUGAAAUUGACAUACCAGGACUAGUGUAUCUGCUACACUAGUACCAUAUGCACAUAGGCUAUACACUCACCAAGAGACAAAAACAAAACAAAAAUUGCAAUUUGACGAUAGAUUGUGAAUAACUUAGCUGAAACUAUUGCAAAAGCAAAUAGUCGUGGGACGUAGUUUUUGGACAAACUAAAGUUUCAAGUGAUCUCGAAAACUUCUUGUGAUCUACAAGACUGGGAAGUGAUAGGAUAUUAUUUCACGUUCUGUGCAAAAACAUUUAACAAAUUGACGGAAAAACCUCUAAAAACCGAGUAUUAAAAGUGCUACAAAAAGUGUUCAUAGACGAUCUUAUUGAAAAUUUUAUGGUGAAUUUGGGAAGAAAUUGGAUGAGUACUACCCAGAUAGAACUUGGCUUGAAUUAUUCAUAAAUCGUGAUUUGAAUAGAGGGGUAAACAAUUAAUCAAUUCUACACACUGUUAUGAAUUAUUUGAUGUAUUUUCUCCACGAGGUGUGUAGCAAAAUUGUGAUCGGACUUGUUAAAACAUUUUUGUCUAAGUUAUAUAUUGAAAGACUGUCAAAAUGUUUGUUCAUUUUUGAAUAUUUAGUUGUAAAUAAGAUAAACCAAGUCUCAAAAGACAACUUAUUAAUUGGAACUGGUUCAAUCAAUCCAAACUUCUAAUUUCUAGCUUGAAAGCUUGUUUGUAUAUCUUCUAGUUUCUAGCUUCAAAGCUUGUUCGUAGGCUAUAUCUAUGUUGUAAAUUUGAAUAGUUUAAUCUAUGAUUAUUAUAGUUAGUAGUUCGAACACUUGUAAAUUAAUUUGUUGUAAAAAUAUGUUCACAGUAUUGUAAGCUAUGGUUUUGUACUUGAUAUUUUUCAGUAGCCUACGUGAGUUAAUGUAUUAUAAUUAAUGAUCAAAUGCGUAGUUAAAGUGCAAGAAUAGUAUAUUAUACUACAGUGAGGUCCAAGUUAUAAUGGCAGUGGAGAAAGAUAGGAGAACAACGUUGCCGAUCUUCUGUCUGUUCAACGCCUUCUGUAGACGGUAGCUGAUACAGAUUU